AUGCGCGAUCUGACAGCAAAUGAGUCCGCCGUCGAGCAGCUGCAGAUGACUGCUCAUGGUCUGGAUCCCUUUGGCAUGAAAUACACGGGCUACAAGUUCGAGGAGCCACCAAUGCCCAAGGACAAGCUCCCUCGUGCGGAAUAUCACAUGCGGUACCGCUACGAGGAGGGUAUUUCUCAGAUUACGAGGCUGCUCAUGCGCGAUGGCAAGCUCAGCAAGGCGCAGAGUGACAUGGCCAUGAUCCUCAACUUCCUCCGAACCUCGCCCCCUCCGAGGAUCAACCCCCAGCGGCCCCUCCUCCCUGGCUCUCCACCCCCCGAGCACCUCCCCCUAAACCCGAACCUCUACCUCAUGCUCGCCGUCGACUCUGUGGCACCGCUGAUCCGGAUUCGCGGGUAUACUGGUCUGGCUGGUGGAGGUAAGGCGCUCGAAGUUCCCACGCCCAUCACGAAGAGAGCACGGAGGCGUGUGGCCUGGCAGUGGAUCAUGGACACGGUCAACAAGAAGCCAUCUAUGGGGUCUGGCAAGAAGAUGCUGGCGCACAAGAUCGGAGAGGAGAUUGUGGCGGUGGUGGAGGGGCGAUCUGGUGUCUGGGAUAAGAGAAAUGAGCGGCACAAGCUUGGCACGAGCGUAAGAGCAAACCUCAACUCGCCCGCUUUGCUUAAGAGGAGGCUGUAGAGAAGUGGCCAUGCUGCUGAGGGGCGGCAUUGAGAUGUUGGAAAGGAAAAGGUUACGGGCAAGUAACAUCCGCGCGUGCGGGCUACUCCUCGCCGCGGAUUGCGCAUCACGAUCUCCUGUAGCGCGGGCUUGGUUUAGCUCACAAUUUUGCUUGCCUAUAUUCGGCCACGGACGGUUGUCGGUACACAGUUAAUGCAGAUUGCGGAGAUUUAGGCCUCGAUAGAACAAUGAUCAGGUGCAUCUGCGCACGUCCGCAAU